GCGACAAGAGUACUUGGUUUCCGCGCCAUGGCGAGUCAGACCAUCGACCGACUCCGCGACGAGAUCGACGCCAUCAAGCACGAGUCUGCGCUGUGGAUCAUCACGACGGCGCCGGAUCUCUCGACGCCCAAGCUCGCGAUCGCCAACGGCGUGCACCUCGUCGUCCAGAUCCGCGACGGACCAGACAUCUCGCUGCCAACACCUGUGCUCAAGCUUGACUUCGUCUUCACCGCGCAUUACGGCGCGCUUCCGCCGAUCGUCAAGUGCCCCGGCACGUGGCCGCACACGAUGGUGCACUCGAAGUCGCGGGUCGUGAUUAUGAACCUCCUCCAGCGCACCGAGAAAGGCUGGAGCAGGUCGUACACGAUCGGCACCGUCCUCCACGCCUUUCGGAUGACCCUUCGAGCUACGAACGCGCCGUGGGACCUCCGGUCGCCGCUGCUGCACCGCCUCGAAGAGCAGCAUCGUAUUAUGGCCGCCGAGAUGACGGUCGCGCACUGCGAGAGCGGCGUCGCAUGCGAGAUGGGCACGCGCUCGGUCAUGGAAGACAUGUACGUGCUCGUCGACUCGUUUGUGAACGGCGGUGACUCACUCCUGGGACUGCACCCGGCGCUCUACUGCGUCGCAGACGGCCACGCCGGCAUCACGUGCGCGCGCUUCCUCGUCGACAACGUGCAGUCGACGCUCGGUGCUGAGCUUUCCAAGGACAAGUCGGUCCGGGAAGCACUCUACGCCACGUGCCUGAGUCUCGACCACCGCUUUGAAGAGGCAUAUGCACCCUACGACGACACGUCGGGCAGCACGCUCAUCAGUUUGUUUUACGACGGUCUUGACAAGAUGUACUGCGUCAACGUUGGCGACUCGCGUGCGCUCCUGCUGCGCGGCGACCAUGUGGUUCAAAUCUCGCGCGACCACCGAUGCUCGGACGUCGAAGAGAAGGCUUACAUCACCGACCGCGGUGGCUUUAUUCAAAACGACCGGACAUUUGGACAGCUCACAGUGACGCGGGCAUUUGGUGACGCCGACAUCAAGCGCGCGUUCGGCUCGUCACUCGCCGCGUGGCCCGAGAUCUCCGAGUGGCCCAUCUCUCCGGACGGCGACGACAUCUUUAUCUUGGCCUGCGACGGGCUCUACUCGGUCAUGGACAACAGCGACGUCGCGCAAUUCGUGUGGGCCGGGCUCAAGGCGCAAAAGCCGCUGACGCUCAUCGCGAGAGAGCUCGCCAACCACUGCGUCACGGCGUGCGGCGGCGAAGACAACACGACCGUUGUGCUCAUUCGCAUCGGCUUGGAUGGAUCGCUUUCGCCGUCAAAGUCGGGCAGCGCGAUCAAAACGGCAACGACAAUCGAAGAUGAGAACGCGGCGCUCGUCGAUACGCUUUUGAGCUCGCUGGACCUGGACACCGAGCCGUCGACGCCUACCAAGGUGCCGUUCGUGAAGCUCGAGUCGGCGCGUGCGAUCGAAAACGAAGAAGACUUGAUGCAGUACCUCAUGGACGAUAUGAACUUUAACGGCGCGCCCGAGUAA